GGGGAACAGGGAACCAAGCGGGUGCAAUCCAGAGGAAUCAAGGUCACAAGGGAUACCCAGCAGACGUCAGGGGGUCACGAGAUGGAGACAGAACAGGGCGGGACAGGGGAUUGCAGCCCCUUGGGGGCACAAAUGGAGAUUUCACAGCAAGGGGAUAGUGGGCAGACUUCAUCAAAGGAACAAGAAAUGGGAGAAGCAACGGGCCAAGAUGAGGGGGACACGGGCAACGGGACGGAUUUUUCCGAAAGGAGAUCAGCCAGUUCCGCUACGAAAUCUAGAAGAGAAGAAGAAGGGGGGGAGGGAGAGGAGGAGGAGGAUUCGGAGGAGAGUUCAAGUGAGGAAGGAUGGGAGGAUGAGGAGGAGGAAGAACCUGAGACACUGGAAACAUGGGUCAAGUGCGUGCAGGCUCUGGAAUGGGAGAGGACGAUGAAAUGUGAAGUUCGCUUGGCACGCCAUAAACACUUGCGUAACUUGAAGGACGCCACGACAUCAACGGAGGGCAUCACUACCACAAAUCGCUUUGAGAUUUUGAAAAAGGAAAAGGAGAUAAAUGCGUUUUAUGCGAAGCAAUAUGGGUGGAAAGCUCAACACCACAACAAUGACAUUCAGGUGCGAAAAGAGGUUUACAGUAAGCAGUUUGAAUGGCCUCAGACUUACCUGCCAAAAGCAAUGAAGAGAUCUGAGAGCAAGCCGAAGGCGAGUUCUGCAUCAACAGGAGAGGAAAUGGGAGAUGAAGAGCUAAUAGAGGAUGCACGCAGGCAAGCAGCGAUCUUGGAGGAUCAGAUUAAUGUCCUCAAAGACCAAAAUCGUGAGUUGGGUGAAGAUACAAUGAAUUUGGAAAAGAUAACUUAUGCACAACAUAAAGAAAUUGAAGCAGUGGCGAUGCUAUAUGCCAGAAAUUCACCCAGACGCAGGGUAAUCAUCCCCUUCAAGUGGAAUGAAGUCCACAAGGAUUGGGAGGUGGCAAUCCAUCGCUCGUUGGUGCUGGUCACGAUAGAUGAGGCCAACUGCUCUGGUCAGGCCCUGAAGGGUGGAACAAUGGGGACAAUGGAAAUUGGAGAAUCUAUUCGCAAGCGAGACCGUGGAGAAGAUGGGUGUGGUGAGGAGGAACGCAGUCGUCUACGGCCAAGCACAGACAAAGAUGAGAGGGGGGUGCAUUGGGCAAGAUUUCGGAGCAAAGGACGUGAGCGUCGUAGAGAUUGUGAUGUUCUUUGCAUUGGAGCUGCAGGACAGGAUGCUGUAGCAGUAAAAACUAAAGUAGGGGGAAUUACAGUUAGGGAAACUGUUGUACUGAAAACUGCAGCAGUGGAAACCGCAACAGUAGAAACUGCAGCAGCAGAAACUGGAGCAGUGGAAACUGGAGCAAUGGAAACUGCAGCAGUGGAAACCGCAACAGGGGACACUGCUGCAGUGGAAACUGUAGUAGUGGACAUUGCAGCAGUGGAAACGACAAAAGUAGACACUGCAGCAGUGAAAACUGCAGGAGUGGAGACUCCAACAGUGGAAACUGCGGGAGUGGAGACUGCAGCAGUGGAAACUGCGGUAGCAACAGAUGAGUAAGCAGGGGCAGGACGAGAGCAUCGUGGCGAAGAAGAAAUUGGAUGAUACAAGGACCAUCGCAACAUGCGUCGGAACCACUGAGAGAGAUGCGUCACAUGUGUAGGAUAGCGUCGUUGGCGGGAGCGCAUGUAGCAGGUCCACCCCUUAGCAAGGGUUGGUGGGGAAUGCCCACGCGAAAGCAUACGACGAG